CUAUCAUCUUGAUGCUCUAUGGUCUCAUCCCCGUCGUCCCUCCAUCUCUUCUCCCUUUUCUGUCCCUCGCUCUCUCGAAGCCCCUCAUAUACUGACCAGCAGGGAGAUCAGAGAGAUCAUGCUGUCUGUACUGGCACUGACGACUGUGGUGCUCUUGGGCAUAGUCUCUCAGACUGCAGCUAUAGUUGUGUACACAAGCUGGGAGAAACAUUCACUUGUGGGCUCAGAUGUCAGACUUUCCUGCUCUUUCUUCUCCUGGCACUGGACUUCUCCAGAAGUGACCUUCUCGUGGAGCUACCGUGCAGAUGGGGCAAGAGACAGCAUCGCAAUUUUCCACUACACAGGCGGAGCUCCUUAUGUGGAUAACAAAGGCCCCUUCCAGGACCGCCUGGAGUUUGUUGGCAACCCUGCUCGCCGAGACGGUUCCAUUCUGAUCCGGAACCUAGACUACAGUGACAACGGAACCUUCACCUGUGAUGCCAAGAACCCACCCGACAUAGUGGGUCACCCCUCCAGUGUUCGUCUGCUGGUUUUUGAGAAGGUUCCUGUUCAAGCUGGUGUGAUAACAGGGGUGAUUAUUGGCGUUGUUUUGGGACUGCUGAUCCUCAUUGUGGCAAUUUACUAUCUGAUGCGAUUCCUGGUGGCCAGACGAGUGUUCAGCUUGAGCAUGAGCAAACAUGGCAAGAAGGGCAAAGGAAAAGAAGGCUCACAGCAAAAACAGGCUUCGGUUCUGAUGGAUCCGGCCAAGCAGAAGGUGGCGGCAUCAGAGAAGAAGAAGCAAGAGUCUCGCAGAGAGAGGAAAUAGGGGUUGAGAAGCAGAGAGCUAGAACUCCAGGUUGAGGCUGCCUCCACCCAGACCCAAGUCCCGGAGGAGGCAGCAGGGAUAAGCAGGCAGGGCAGGGUGCUUAUGACCAUUGAGCUAGAACUCACUAAACAAGAGAGGGUGGAAACACAAACUAAAACGAGCCCAGCCACGUUUUUCUCUCAACUAGCAUGUGAAAUCAAUCUCAAAUGAGAGAGAGAGGUGUGAACAAAGGGGUGGUGGAGAGUUUUGGAGGAGAGAAGUGACAUAUCACUCAUAACAUCAGAAAGUCAAGACAAGAGGGGUGCAAUGUUUCUCAUUUUAAUCUCAGCUUGAGUCCACUCACAUUUACAUUUACUCAUUUGGCCAAAGACUUUCAAUGCAUUCAAGGUAUACAUAUUAUGAGUAAAAGUGUUCCAUGGGAAUUGAACCCAAGACCUUAGUGUUUCUAACGCAUGUUCUACAAGUUGAGCUACGCGGUCUCAUGACAAGUCAUAAUAAUUAAUACUAAUAAUUAGAGGUGACAAAAAGCAUACAAGUUGGUUCUCAAUGUCUCAAUGGGAAUCAAAUUUGUACCAUUUCGUAUGAGCCAAGACAAACAAUAUGUCACAAGUUCGUCAUGUCGUAUGAAUUAUUGCAAGAUGUCAUGAGACUAUGUUGGUAAAUUCUCAUUGAUACAUUGUAUAUAAUAUUUAUGUUCUGACUGGCUGUAAAGUUUUCAGUGAGGACAUUACAUGCAUCUUUAAAGGAAUAGUUCACCCAUCAAUGAAAAUUAUCCAAUAAUUUACUCACCCUCAUGCCAUCCCAGAUGUGUAUGACUUUCUUUUUUCUGCUCAACACAAAGAUUUUUCGAAGAAUAUCUCUACUCUGUAAGUCCAUACAAUGCAAGUGAAUGGUGAUCAGACCUUUGUAACUCCAAAA